CAAUGAAGCGCGCAAACUAAACAAAACGACCUGCCGCAAGCUUGCGUGGUUCCCGUCGCGUCAAACCGCGCCAGCAUCAGCACCGUGAUUCCCGCCCCCCACCACCCUUUCAAACAGGGCACAAACUCAAUGCUGUGAAGAUGGCCACGCAAGCCGACACGACGCUCCCGGCGACGCGUCGGACGCGCAAAUCGGUUGGAGGCGGCUCCCCCUCACGGAAGUCAAGGGACAAGGAAAAUGCGACGCUCGACGUGGGCAGCGCCGCGGCAGGCGCUCGGAAGAAGUCGAGGAGCAAAAGCAUGGGGCCCGGCGGACUUGAUGUUCUUAAGACGGGCAGCGGCAACCGCCGAGCGUCCCUUGCUGUGCCGACUCCGCGCUCAAUUCUCAAACCCACAAUACCGCUCAUCUCCGAGAUUCCAUCCUACAAGGCGAAGCAAACAUCAGCAAGCAGUGGCAUUGGCGGCGAGGUCGUCGGGACUAAGGUUGCCCUUCGGACCGAGGAAGAACAGCAGGCUGCUGCGCGGGAAAGGGAAGAACGGGAGCGAGCUGAGUUGGAGAAAGAGAUUGCCGACAGACGGGAGGCGAGGCGGAAGUCGCUCGCCAACCGCCGCGUGUCCUUUGCGGCCGAGGCGACGCUGCACACUUUCCACGAGGUCGAGUACAUGCAGGACUCGACCACGUCGACCGAUUCGACUCGUCGAGCAUCGUCGAUCGCCGGGCAGUCGUCAUCUCCGCAGCAGCAACAACAACAAAACCACAGCUCGGAUCCACCCUCCACUCCUCCCGACCACGUCCAAGACCAUGUAGCCGAUUCCCCCGCGAAGCAGAGGAGCCUGCACCAGAGGAAGCGCCGGCGGAGCUCUGCCGCUUCGUCAAUGUAUGGUGGUGACGACACCGUCGCCUCCACCGUUUAUGAUUCCGAUUUUGAGCAUGCCGACAGCGUCGCUGAAAUUCAAACCGAGGAGAUGACGGGCUCCAGUGAUUCCGACGACGACGGGACCGUGAUGACGGUCGAUGCCGAAGAGAUGACAUCUGCGUCGACGGCGUCGGCCAAGUCUGCGUACAGCGCCGAUUCUACUGGAAGUCUGGACGAGAACCUCCGGUUAGCGGCCCGGCGGGCUGCCACGCAGAACCUGGACGAGGAUGAAGAGGUUAUUGCUGGCUUCGCUGGGUGGGGAAAGAAGAACAACUCGCAAGAGAACAUGUUGCAAGGCAUCGACGGCGAGAAGAGUGGCCCUGACGGAAAUGCGGAUUCCGGUGACCCAGGAUCAGAAAUGGACAUGGACAUGACCAACGCCGUCGGGGGGAUUCUGCACCGUCAAAACGCGUCGCCCGAUAAGGACGAAGAAGUGAACGAGGACAUGUCGAUGGACGUGACUACGGCACUUGGCGGAAUUCUCUCAAAAGCAAAGGCGUUGUUGCGCCGCAAGUCGGUGAAUCCCGGCUCACAAUUGGAGCCGGAUGAGCUUGGGGAGCAGAGCAUGGACCUCACGACCGUGGUCGGAGGGACUCAACAGCGCAGGCUCUCCAGCGGCAGUCAGGCUGACACGGAUGCUAACGAGGACAUGUCCAUGGAGUUCACUACGGCUGUGGGAGGUCUGUUAUCAGGGGGAUUCUCCCAGAGCGGUGCUCAGAAUGGCCGGCGGCGCACAACGGCCGUGGAGCGGGACGUCGACGACGAGAGCGUCAUGAUGGAUAUGACGACGGGAGUCGGCAGAAUUCUGCCUGCAGAAGCGGAGACGGAGGAAGACGGAGACCAAACGAUGGGCAUGGAUAUGACCGAGGCUGUGGGAGGUAUUCUCCAACCGGCGGCCACACCCGAGGCGCGCUCUGCGGCAAGAAAAGUCAUGGAAGAGGAAGCCGACCAGCCCGACUCCUCGACAACAGGCGAAGUCGCCGCAUCUCCAAAGCGGCCGGCUCCUGCCCUUUCGGAUCAGAAUCCUGACGCUAGGUUUUCACCAUUCCGAGGGAAGGGGCUCCGUCGCACCCCGUCUCGCACGAUUUCUCCUGUUGCGCGGCCAACAGCGCGAUCCAGUAGUUCUCCGAUGCGGCAGACUCCAUCUCCAAAGAGAAGUGGAGCGCUAACCGAGCGAAGCCCCUCGAGAACGCCGCCCUCGAUGAUUGGCAGCCGGUCCAGUUCGCCCAUGCGCAACCUCUCCUCCCCGGCCAAGGGGACGCCCCAGUCACCUCCUAAGUCUCGGCUCUUUCACCAGGAUCCCAGCACCGGGCUAAGCACUCCUCGGAUUAUCCUGACCCCACAGGGCCGACGGCUCUCCGGGGUUGGCGCCGACCGGCCUGGACUUGGCUCUCCACGAGUUGCGGAAAUCUUCGACCGCCGGGAAUCCAUCGGGGACGCAGCCACGAAUUUUGUGCCGAGCCAGUCCGCCGACGCCCGCCGGACUGUAGCUUUUGCUGACCCGCGGCUGCUGGAGGCCGAGAUCGACCGGGAGCGCCAGGAUGAACAAGAGAAGGAGAACGGCCUGCGGAUCCUGGAGCGAGAAGUGAACGGCGCUCAGGACGAUCGUGACGCGUCUCGCAAUCUGAGGGAGAUGAUUCAGGGUCUUAGCCCCAAGAAGAACCCGCUCCGCGGCAGGAAGAGCCUUCACGUUGGCAGCGCUGUGGGCCUUCUUGGGAAGAGGCCUGUCGAGCUGGACGAGGAGGAGGACUCAGAGGAAACGGACGGUGUGAAGAGACUUAAGGGGCAUCAAGGCAGUCCAGUCAAGAACAUCAGGCUCCAGUCGCCGCCAUCGAAAGCCGAGACGACGACUGGAAGGAAAACACGACCCAGUAUCAGACCGGCGGAGGCCUUGGAUGUGGAUACCAUCACGCCUACAGCUGUCAGCUCUCCCCAGCGAGCAACGACGCCCAGAAGUCAAGGGCGAUUCAGAGAUGUCGGUGAUGACCAGCCAACGGCGACGGUGGACUUCGAGCAUCCUACCCGCAUGGAUGAGGAGGCCGAACAGAUCGAUGACGACGGAGAGCGGAUCCAUCUGCAGGAUUUCCUGAACAUGACGAGCAUCCGCUUCAUGGAGUUGACCACGACGAAAAGGCGGCACACGGUGAUGCCGGGCGCGUCGAGGGACGGCACAGCUGCCGACGGCAAGGACGAUCUUUCACUUGAGAGAUGCGUCGUGGCCGGUGCGUGCACGGUGCCCAUGCUCGAGUUGUAUCAGCACUCUUGCCGCGAGCUGAAGAAGUACAUCUCGGAAGGCCGCCGCAUUGUCCGCGAAAUCGAGACGGAGACAUUCGAGGAGAACCCGCCGCUAUUCCGUGAAUACAUGACCGCCUCUCCCGAGUUCAAGGUUCUGAUGGACAAUCAAUUUAAGAACGUCAAGACCCAUGCCAGGCUGCUCAGCAAGGCCAUGUGGUACGAGUGGCGCAUGAAGCUGCAGGACGGGCUCAAGGAGGGCCUCCUCAAGACUGCAGAGGGCAUGGACGAUGAUGACAGAGUCCUAGCGAAGGAGCAGGAGCAUCUGUCAUCCGUGCUGCCCGACCUGGUCAAGCGCCUCGAGGCACUCGAGACAGAGCACGAGAAUCUCGAAGCGCUUGCACAGGAGCUUGCCGACUGCGACCCGCAGGAUCUCGAGGACGCCCGGGCGGAGCUGGCCGCAGUGGACAAGAGCAUCGCGGAGAAGACAAAGAAGCUUGAAGAACUCCGGCGAGAACUCGACGAGUCUGCGGAAAGCGUCGAGGCUCUCGCACAGCAGAAGCAGCAGUGCCUGGAAGACAUCCGACAGGCCGACAAGAUCCGCGAGGAGUGCCGGGGGUGGUCGGCGGAGGAGAUUAAAAAACUGAAAGGUAGAGCAGGUCUUCUGAAACGCACCGCAGAUGCACGGAAAGACAAGUGCUAACAUAGACUACCUCACCCACACAGCCCAAACCGAGGCCAUUGAGCGGCAACACGGCUGGGCCAUCUGCUCCAUUUCAGACACCACCAUCACGAUGCGCUACAAGCGCGAAAUCGAGCUCGUCUUUGACCUUGCAUCUCUCACGCAACCGCACCAACGACCACCAUCACAAAACCACCCCACCCCCGUCACGCUCCGCUACGUGGGCACCCCACCGGCACAAUGCCCUCCCGAGAAAGAGUUCUUCCUGCGCCACAUCCGCGAGCGCCUCCACGCCGCAGCGAGCGCCG